CCGGGCUCCAGUCGCGUGUCCUGUUAUGGAAGUGCAGUAACACGAGACAAUAAGGCUCCGCGUUAUUUUAUGACGCGGGUUGUCCGGAGACCAACCGUUACUACAGGAGAGAAGGGAAAACACGAAGAACAGAUUGUGGCAUUUUGUGGUGGGGAGUAUAUGUCAGUAUGAGAUGUCGUCCCUCAGUGCAAGUUUCGUGCAGAUACGUUUCGAUGAUGUCCACUUUUAUGAGAACUGUGGUGGCGGGAGCUUCGGGAGUGUGUAUCGGGCACGCUGGAUCUCACAGGACAAAGAGGUGGCUGUCAAAAAGCUGCUGAAGAUUGAUAAAGAGGCUGAGAUUCUCAGUGUUCUGAGCCACAAAAACAUCAUUCAGUUUUACGGAGUGAUUCUUGAGGCACCAAACUAUGGCAUUGUCACAGAAUACGCCAGUGGAGGGUCGCUGUAUGAGUAUUUGUCUAGUCCAGACAGUGAAGAUAUGGACAUGGGUCAAGUAAUGAUGUGGGCAAUGGAUAUCGCUAAAGGAAUGCAUUAUUUACAUGCAGAAGCUCCAGUGAAAGUCAUUCACAGGGAUCUGAAAUCACGGAAUGUGGUGUUAGCUGCUGACAACGUACUGAAGAUCUGUGAUUUCGGGGCAUCUAAGUUCCUGUCUCACACCACACACAUGUCGUUGGUGGGUACGUUCCCCUGGAUGGCCCCAGAGGUGAUCCAGAGCCUGCCUGUAUCUGAAAACUGUGACACAUACUCGUAUGGUGUGGUUUUAUGGGAAAUGCUGACCAGAGAGGUGCCCUUUAAAGGAUUCGAGGGCUUGCAGGUGGCCUGGCUCGUUGUGGAAAAAAAUGAGAGGCCGACCAUUCCAAGCAGUUGCCCUGCCAGCUUUGCAGAGUUAAUGAGAUCAUGCUGGGUGGCAGAGCCCAAGGAGAGGCCUGUGUUUAAACAGAUCCUGGCUACUCUGGAGUCAAUGUGUAAUGACAGUAAGCUUCCUGAUCAGUGCAAUUCCUUCCUACACAACAAAGCAGAGUGGAGGUGUGAGAUUGAUGCGACUCUGGAGCGGCUGAAGAGGUUGGAGAAAGAGCUGACCUGCAAGGAACAAGAGCUGGAGGAAAGAGAGAGGAGAUUGAGAGAGUGGGAGAACAGACUCAUGGAGAGAUCCAGAUCAUGCACUCCUUUCUUCUCCCAUAUCUCCCCUCUGGCUGCCACCCUGAGCGCUGAGUCUUUCUAUGAGUCUCGCUCUGAGGAGACCAACAGCUCUGAGUUGAGCUGUCACAUCUCCUCCUCCUGUAGUAAUGGUGAUCUGGGCGGGGCCAGCCUGCAGGCAAUCAUGCGUGGCUUUGGAGGUGUGUUUGACAUGGAUGUGGGCGUGCCUGGUAGCGGCACAAUGCGACAGUCAGGCAUGCAGGUGAAUAUGCAGGCCAAGCAGAACUCCUCCAAGUCCUGCAGUGUGCGCGAGGGCCGCAAAGUCAAUAUGGCCAUCACCAUGAACCCCUUUGGCUGGUCUGACGACGACAGCGACUAAGAAGCUCUUGUGAAGGAUGUGAGGGUCACUGGGCAUGAGAGGGAACAAGCCAUUAGGUUAGAGAUAGGCCAAAGGUCAAAUAUCUAUUUGAAGUGUUUAAAGGAAACCAAUACAUAAGAUGACCUUACAUCCACUGACUGGAAUAAAAAUGGAAGGAAACCCAGAAAAUGCCAUUAAACAUACUUAAAUAUCUGUCCUAUUUCUUAUGACCUAGUAUAAAAGCUUAUGUUUUCCAUUAGACCCAAAACAGAUAUAAACACUGUGCUGGCUCUGUAUGCAGUAGGACUGCAAUACUGUCUGUCAGUCAGUACCAAGCUAGCUUUUUACAUUUACAGCAUUUGGCUGACGCUCUUAUCCAGAGCGACUUACAGUUUGAUCAUUUUACACAGGUAGGCGAAGGUGGUGUUAGGAGUCUUGCCCAAGGACUCUUAUUGGUGUAGUGUAGGGUGUUUUACCCAGGUGGGGAUUGAACCCCAGUCUACAGCGGAGAAAGCAGAGGUGUUACCCACUACACUAACCAACCACACACACACUUUUUACCAAGCCAAGCUAAGCACAGCCUAAAGGAACAAUGUCUAAACUUUUAUAAUCAAGGGUUUAACUCAAGCUGUAAGUUGUAUAACUCUCUAUAUAUGGCAUAGGUUAGUCUUUCUGAAUAAACUGUGCAGUCCCAUUCAUUUCAAAACCAAAUUGCACUAGCAACUCUUGCUGAAAUUAGCAAAUGCAGUGUCACUGGCUGUUCCAGCAUCUGUGAAGUGGUGAAAUAUUUGAUCUGAGGCCUGAUGGUUAUGAUUUGUGAAGGUGUGUUUUUGUAAAGCCCCUGUUUUAUAAUAAAGGAAUCACUACAGAGUU